GGAUACUGCCAUCACCAUGGAGGGGAUUGUGACUAUGUAUCAGGACUUCAUGAAGAAAGCAGAUCCCCGCAUCGCUGAUUAUCCACUGAUGCAGUCCCCAUUCCUUGUGAUGGGCAUCCUUCUGGGAUAUGUCUACUUUGUCCUGUCCUUGGGUCCCCGGCUAAUGGCCAACAGGAAGCCUUUAAACCUGAAGAAGUUCAUGGUGCUAUACAACUUCUUUCUGGUGGGACUCUCCCUUUACAUAGUCUAUGAGUUCCUGAUGGCAGGGUGGCUUACUGGGUACACCUGGCGAUGUGACCCUGUGGACUUCUCACAGGACCCCAAGGCCCUCAGGAUGGUCAGUGUUGCUUGGCUCUUUGUUUUCUCCAAGUUCAUCGAACUGACAGACACGGUGAUCUUUGUCCUGCGGAAGAAGAAUGAACAGGUCACAUUCCUGCACCUUUUCCACCACUCUGUUCUGCCAUGGAGCUGGUGGUGGGGAGCGAAGUUUGGGCCAGGGGGAAUGGGCUCAUUCCAUGCCAUGAUCAAUUCCAUGGUGCAUGUUGUCAUGUAUUUCUACUAUGGGCUCUCAGCAGCAGGACCUGCCUUUCAGAAGUACCUGUGGUGGAAGAAGCACAUCACAGCCAUCCAGCUGGCACAGUUUGUGAUUGUCUCCGUCCACAUCUCCCAGUAUUACUUCAUGCCCAACUGCCAAUACCAGUUCCCCAUCUUCAUUCACCUUAUCUGGAUUUAUGGGACCAUCUUCUUCAUCCUCUUCUCCAACUUUUGGUACCAGUCCUACACCAAGGGCAAACGGUUGCCCAGGGUGGCUCAACAAGCAGCCCAGCACAAUGGUAGCAGCAUCCAUGAAAAUGGCACUGUCACCAAUGGCAAGGUCAAAGCCAACUAGAGGGUAAAGUGCUCCCAGAGCCAAUGAGAGCCCCGGGGCAGAGGCAGCUGGGACCUGUCCCUCUGCUCCUGGGUGCCACUAGCCAAGUCAAGUGCCUACAGACUGUUGUACCCCUGUGCCCAGUCCUGCUGUCCCCUGUCUGCAUGCUCAGCCCCUCUGCUCUGAGCAGCCAUGUGCCACUUCUACUCCUGGGAGGGCUUGUGCUGUUUCUCAGUGUUGCUGAGCAGAGAGGCAGCUGCCUGCAUCACAGCUGUGGGGCUGCAGUCCCAUUCCAGUGUUUCCAAAGGAACUUUCCCCAAGUGCCGACAUCUGGCUCUUCUGCCUAGGGGCCAUUUCCUUCUGAGUAGGACCAAAAGAAGAGACCGCUUCCUGUCCUGGUGCCCUUUCCUCUUCCCUGUCUCACAAGAGCUUGUGUGGAUGAGCAGAUUCGUCCCUGGCUGCUUGUUACUGCCAGCUCACGUGUGAGUGCUCCUGCUCUACGAUGCCUUGUGCCACUUUGUUCCAUGCCACAGUGCUGCAUGCCCCUUCUGGUCCCUGUGUGCCCAGCUUGGGAGCCCUGCCCUGGCAUAUCUGUGCCCAGGUGUCUGUGGAGAACGUAGGGGCAGUACUUAUGGGACUUAGGGGCCCAGACCUGCCCAGUACGGUACACAUGCCCUGUGCCUAAUACAUAGCAGGGGCUGUGAAAGCCUGAAGGGCUUCCCCCACAUGGUAAGCCCAGGCUGCCUUGCUGUUCUUGUGCCUGGGCUGGGUGCUCUGUGUGUGCUUAAGCCACACUUACCUGAUCCUCUAUGGCAGCUGGUGGCUUGCUCCAGAGUGGGGGAGACAAAGCUCAGCCUAGUCUUGGACCACUUCCAUUCCUGUAAAUUCAGGACUUGAGCAAUAAGUGCCCCUAAAAUCAGCUCCUGGGCUCUCCUGCUUGGGACCAGUCCUGCUCUGGCCUAGCCUGAGCACAGUAGAGGGUGGUUUUAGCAUGCUCGGCUGUGGUGCAAGAAUGAGCACCUGUUGCCUCUGUGGAUCUGACUGGGCCUGUGUGAAGAUGUGCUCUGCCUUUCAGCAGGGCAGUGCAGCAGCUCUCCUGGCCUGGUGCCUGUUACCUGCUCUGGCUGUAACCAAAACAUGCUGAUGGCCUCGAGGACGAGGUGAAGGAGCCAGGCCCUGUCAGAUUGGGCUGCUCUUCUAUUA